GCUGCUCCCUUCUGAGAGGAAGGGCUGGUUUUACUUUACUGAGUCCCAGCAGCUAUUUUUACUUUACUAAGUCCCAGCAGCAGCCUGUGGACUCCUGGCCAGGCUGGUGGGGCUCCAGGGCAGGAUGCUGGGGAGGUUGCUGGGGCACAGCCAGAGGGUGGCUGGGCUGGUCCUGUGCCCUGCCAGAGCUGCUGGCAGCAGAGCAAAGAACGCCCAGGACACGGCUUGGCAGACGGCUGAUCCAGGUAAAGAACCUUUCAGGAAUGAAAGAAAGCCUACAAAUUUUGAUAAAAAGGUGCUGGUAUGGUCGGGACGCUUUAAAAAGGAGGAGGACAUUCCCAGGCACAUUUCGUCUGAGGUCCUGGACACUGCAAGGAGCAUUGCCAGGGUAAAGGUUUGCUACAUCAUGAUUGCACUGACUGUGCUGGGCUGUGUGACCAUGAUCAUCUCAGGCAAAGAAGCUGCCAAGAAGAAUCAGACUCUGCUGAGGGUGAAUGCAGAGAAGAAGGCCAAAUGGAGGGCUGAAGUGGAGAAAGGUCAGGAGGCAGCUGUCGGGAAGUCACAAUGAUUUGGAACAGAUUUAUUUUAACAUAAGAAGAUAAGUGAUUUCCACAUGUGGCAUAUGGACCUGUCUUCGUUUAACUCUUAAGAGCUUUUUUGCUGAAACUCUCAGAGCGAAGACUUCACUGCUUAAAAACUGCUCCAUGCAAACUAGGAACCUCCUAUGGAAAUAAACUGCUUUUUGUGGCUUCUGGUCUUUGGCACCAGGCCCAGCUCAUAUACAAAGAUCUCUCUUAAACUGCAAAGUGUGGAAAGGACAAAUGCAGGACUCCCCAGCUCAGGAUCAGCUUUUCAUGGUGCUGCUGGUGCUCAGGUCUCCUCCAAUUCAAUCAUUGCUCCCAGUGAUUGUCAUGAAAGUUGUCUAGCUCUUGCUUAGCAGUGAUUUUAGUCCAGAGUAAUUGUUAAUACAUGGUUUGCUAAAACUGAAUUCUUUUUAAUCAUCAUAGUUCAUUAACUCAUAAUAAAACAGCUGUCCAAUUACAUC